AUUCCAUCGUUAUUCUUCUGCUAUCUAUGAAUUGCAUAAACUCUUUUCAGUAUUUAAGUGAAUUUCGGGGCUGAGGCGUAUACCAAAUAAUUAAAUAAUUUCCAGUAUGUGUUUUUUGUAUAUCUGCAGUGUGACACAUUUCCGAGAGAAUUGCAGUCAUGAAGAAACCUGGAUAUUUUACAAUAAUAUUAUUGGAUAAUCUUGAUGUGGAGAGGGAUAAUCGGAAAAUUUAAACUGAUGAUCUAUAAUCCGGAAAAGCCGAUAAUCCAGAAUCGCUGAAGUCCCGACGAGUCCGGAUUAAAGACUUUUGACUGUAGUCACUUCAAGUGGAAUCAUUGAUAGACAUAAGAUGUGGAUUUAAUACAGAGAUUUCAAGGACCAUGUCUCAGUGUUCUGUGUGUGCAAAGACUUUUACUUUCAAUAAAAAUCUCUAUCAGCAUAUGCGAAAAAAACAUAACAUUACUCCACAGCUUCAAGGGAAAAUAAGUUGUCCACUCCAAUGCGAAGAAAAAUUUCGCACUUAUAAAGAAUUACGUACUCAUUUGGAGUCUUUCCAUACUUGUACUUUGGAAAAAGAAGAUCAUGAUUUUCCAGAUUAUGAAACUUUCGAAACCUGGAAGAAAAGACUAGAAAUGACAUCUGGUUAUGCAUAUAUUCGUAGAAUAUCAGAGAAAAUGCUUCGAAAGGGAGAAGCCAAAAGUCAUUACAUUUGCCAUCGUUCUGGAGUAUUUAGAUCAGAAUCUAAAGGACAUAGGAAGUUAAAAAAAAUAGGAUCAAAUAAGAUUGGAACAACAUGUCCUUCGAUUAUGGAAGUUUCUCGGUCAUUGUCGGAUGGAAAAGUGAAAAUUGUGUUUUGGAAAACUCAUUUUGGGCAUGAAGCUGAUAUUCAGAGAACACCAAUUUCUAAAAAGUUUCGACCAAGAAAUUCUGAUGCCAUCACAUUUGAAGUUUGUGCAGUUUUGCCUGCUGCAGGAACUGGAGAGCGCAUGGGUCUUGAUACGCCAAAGCAGUAUAUUCCUAUUCAUCAGAAACCUCUAAUAUGUUAUACUGUUGAAGCUUUCUUAAGGAUAUCUUUCAUUAAGAAAGUUGUGGUGGUUGCUGCUCCAGAAUAUUUAGAUUUCAUGCUGCAAACGUUAAGCCAGAUGUGUGCUUUAAAGGAUGAAAAACUAAUGGUUACUGAAGGCUCUGGUUCUAGGCACCAGUCGAUUUAUUCUGGAUUAAGAGCUGUUCAAACUUGCUGUGAAACACAACCUGAAAUUGUGAUUAUUCAUGAUGGUGUUAGACCAUUUUUCUCCGAAGAUAUUGUGUGUAAUGUUGUUUUAGCUGCUAAAGAACACGGUGCUGCUGGUGUUACUUGCCCUUUGAUUUCAACGGUCAUAGCAGUUGAUGAGGAAGGUUUCCUAGAUUGUUCUUUAGAUCGAAAUAAAUUCAAGGCUAGUGAAAUGCCCCAGGCAUUUCGGUAUGAUUUCCUAUGUAAAGCAUAUGCAGAGUGUUCUGCAUAUGAUUUAGAGCAUGGAACAGAGUGCCUUCAUCUUAUACAAAAAUAUGCAAGUGUUAGAGCAAAACUUCUACCUGGAACAACUAAUUUAUGGAAGGUUACUCAUAGGAAAGACAUAUACACAGCCGCAUCUGUAGUGAAAGAGAACCAAGCAGUUGGUAUCAUCAGCGGUGCUCCCAUUGUAGAGUUUUUACCAUUUCUAAAAGCAUCAUUGAGCAAACGAUUUAAAACGAUCCAGUUGCCUGGAAAAUUUACUGAUUCAUCUUUAAAAAAGUUUCCUAAUCUUGUGAAAAUAUAUAGCAACAAAAAUCUUUAUGAUUUAGUCGAUCAACUAUAUAUUUUAUAUGGAGAACAUAAGCCAAUGGAACAGUCAUGCAUAGCUCACAUUCUGUUUGAUAGUUUUGACUCAAAUAUAAAUUUUUUGGAGUUGCAAAGGUCGGCUAAAGCUGGUGCAAAAGCAUUAAAGCCACUGAACAUAUUAGUAUAUUUUAUUGUAAUAGAAAAGGAAGGUUCUUCUGAGACAUUUGAAGAGGUUGCAGAAUUAACUACAUCUUUAUUAUUUGAUAGUAAUCCUAAUACCACAGGAACUAUAUUCUUUUCUUGACUUAGUUAAAUCAAAUAAAUUUUGUGCCUUGUGAUAAAACUUUGUAAAUUUUUGUAGAUAAUAUGUGUAUAUUGUUUCAUUUGUUAUCUACUAAAAUAGUAAUACCCUUCAGUUUUUUUAAAUAAAUUUAACAAAGGAAACUCUUAGAAUUUAUUUGCAAUAAUUAUCUAGCAAGCAAAAAUUAACCACAGUAACAGAUAAAAUAAACAUUCAAAAAUACGAAUAUUGUGUUAUUGUUUUUUUUUUUUUUUUUUUUUUUUUUUUUUUUUGCCUCAAAAAAAAUGCUUUUGAAAAAUAUUUAUGCUUCAGAAUGUUAUUAUAUGGUCUGUCAAUAUGGAAUAUUAAAAAGAGCUUCAUUAAAAAAAUAUUGCUGAUCUUGUAAAGUUAAAAAAAGUAAAUAUUAGGCAAAAGCUGGUGCUGAAUUCCUAUUUAUAAUUCAGAAGCAAUGAAUAUUUUAUAACUAUUGAAAUAAAUAUUUUACAUUUAUUAUUUAUAAUAUAAAGUUUAUCAGAGGUAAACUUUAUAACUAGAUUUGGGAUAUUUAAUUUUCAAUAGCAGCAUUUUACCCUGAUUUUACUUUUAUGUUAGUGCUUGUUGAUAAGUUACCUCUGUAUGUUUACAUAAUCCUUUUCAUACUGGGUUAUGCAUUUAUUAUACAAACUACAAUUACUCAUAAUUAUUGUCCAAAUUUGUACUGACUUUCUAUAUUCAGUAAAUAUAGCUAGAAUAUAUGAAUAUUUUGAUUAUUUUUUCACUGCAUAAGAUCUUUCCUAUAUUCAAUCUUAUAAUCUCCAUAAUAUUGUUUUGUGUUGCAUGAACAUUACUGCAUUACGUACAAGGUAAUUUUCUGAAUAACAUGAUUCAGAAUUCCUGAUAUUAUAGCUCAAUUUAGAAAAUGUUUCAUUAUUCCUGUAGAUGAAGAAAAAGAAUAUAUAUUUUUACUUUUUGUUUAUUUAUUUAUUAUAAUUUUAUUUCUGUAACUGCUUUAGAAGUUUGCGAAAAGUCUAAACAGUAAAAAGUUUCAAAAUAAUGCUUCACCAAUUUUUUUUUUAAAUGUUUGUUUCAUAAUGAUGAUUCCGACAAUGCAUUCAUUAUGUACUUUUCAUAUAUUCAUUUAUUGAUAUGUCACACAUUGUGUGCCGAAAGACCGUACUUUUUAAGCUAUAAAUUUUAUGUAUAAUUUUAAGUGAAGUGAAAUUUUUCAAUUAUACCAUUAAAAAAUUUUCCAUGUAUAUCCGUGAAGAUAAUUCUUAAAAACCGGUAUGCUAUAAUUCAGUUCUUAACGGUCCUACAUUCAAUUCUUAUUGCAUUAUUAAUAAAGAUUCAUAUCUGAUAAUACCUGCUUGUGAUGUAAAAGAAAAAAAAAAAGGUGGG